GGGGCGCCCGCCGUAGGCAGCACAGGCCGUUGGGAGUCGUAACGGCCGUUUAACGGACUCUUUUUUUUUCCCGCCACCGCACCCCUUUCCGGUUGCGCCUAGCCCCGCCCCUCCGGCCCCUUCUUCCUCCUCCCGCCCCUCCUCUUCCUCGUGUGAGAGAACUGCCGGGCCCUCUCGCCGUAUCUUCCCCCCCUCCCCCGUCAGGGUGGCCGCCGCUAUGUCGGACAAGGAGUUCAUGUGGGCCCUCAAGAACGGAGACCUGGACGAGGUGAAGGACUACGUGGCUAAGGGUGAAGAUGUUAAUCGGACCCUGGAAGGUGGAAGAAAACCUCUUCACUACGCAGCAGAUUGUGGACAGCUUGAGAUCCUGGAGUUCCUUCUACUAAAAGGAGCUGAUAUUAAUGCUCCAGACAAACACAGUAUCACUCCACUCCUUUCAGCAGUUUAUGAAGGCCAUGUCUCUUGUGUGAAGUUACUCCUGUCAAAGGGUGCUGAUAAAACUGUGAGAGGGCCAGAUGGACUAACUGCCUUUGAAGCCACUGACAAUCAGGCAAUCAAAGCUCUUCUCCAGUGACGGAUGGACUGAGAUCUAAUGUCUCUCCUGUGGCCUCACACUGCUGCCUGUCUAUCACUCUUUGUAUCUUCCAGCUUCUUCAGCUAAAUAUUGGAGAGAGAGGAAAAAAUCACAGUAAAUCAGACUAGUUAGGUAUCUCUGUCAAAGAAGAGAACCUGUUUGAAGAGAGUAGAAAUCCCAGUAAUUGAUGUCUACUUAGGACACUAUUCAGAGUACAAUCUUUCCCCAUUUCCAGCAAAAUUGAACUUCUGCUGGGCAAAGGGAGAAGAAUGUUGUCUACCCAUAUAGCCUGUAAACUUUCCUUGUUCUGCUAAAACAAUACUGAAAGUUUGUGAGAUGGAAUGGUCCUGUUCUGUGUUUUCUAACCUGUAAUGGCAGUACCAGUCCAGUGCUGCAGUUCAACCACAUACCAACCAAGGCUGUGGGACACCUUUUUAGCUGUGUCCCUGUGCCUUAAGUAGAUUAUGCAGCACUGAAGGCUUUUGCUUAUAAGAUCUCAGUAUUUAAUCAUUUGGAUGCUGCACUAAUUUGUUUUAAUGAGGAAUACACAGUAAAGACAGGGCUGCAUUUCCACCAAGGGUUGCUGAGAGACGUGAUCGAGAUCAUGUAUUAUUUCGCCAUUUAAGACAUUUAGUCGGGAGCCAGCCUGAUGAAACGCAAUGCCUAGUCCUGGAAAAUGGUUGCUCUUGAAAGGCUUCCAGAUGAAACUUCCUCACCCAGCAAAUCAUAAAAUGUACUGGAACAAAGUGACUGCUCCAGUCCUCUUGGUGCUUGAGGAUGAUUGCUUUGCCCUUCAUGAUUUGAAUUCAAGAUAACUCUAAUUACUAAAGAAGAAAUUGCUCUCAUGUUUAACUAACAACAUUCUUUUAAAGAAGGCAGUAGCUUUCUUUUUCCUAGCUUCAUUUUUACAUUAUUCUCAUACAUUGUGUGCAUCUUUAAAAUGAGAUUUGAUCCACUAUCAUGGCAUUGGAUCUGAAAAACUAGUACAGCAGAAUGAAUAAUAAUGUUCCUAAGGGAAACAGUGACAUGCUCCAUAUCCUGCUCAGCCAAGGAUGUUUGUUUAUAAAACUCAUUUUACAAAUAUUCUUCAGGAUAGCUUUUUUAAAGACAUACAUGCAUAAGGCUUUGUAAUAUGCUAAUACCUUGAUUUGGAGAUUCCAGGGCAAAUAGAACUUGGUUAUUCUUAUUAAAAAUAUGGAUAGGGUUUGUAUCAUAAAAUCAGAAACUUCACAGUGAAACAUCUACUGGCUUUGCAUCAAGGUGUGCAGUACUUUGUCUUGACUGUUGUCCAGGUAACUCUGGUGUCCAAACAUUUCAUUAUUUUGAAUGUACCUUUUUCAGUUUUGAAAGCAUUUCAUUUACAUUUAAGAAUUUUAAGAAGUUACUGAAGAGAAAUUAGGAAUAUAGCCUCCUUAGACCACAUGUAAUUCAAAUUUUCUGUUGUGACUUAAAAUGUAUUUUACCAACAAGUAAUACCCUUAAUCUUAAAAUAGACUAUUCCAUAGCUAUGAGAACAAACUUGAUUCUCUAAACAGAAUUUGCUUCUUACAAGUGGAACGAUGUACUCUGUUCUGUAUUGGUGCAGGAAUGUGAUUUACAGUGAAGUACAGUGUGUUGCAUGACAGUCUGGGCAGUCACAGACUGCUUGUUCAUCUUUCUGUGUGCUCCACAAAAGGUGCUGGUAUGAAAAUGAUAAACUAAGAAUUUGAAUUUUUAGACUAAUUGUAAAACUAAAUUUUUUAAGUCAGAUUGGGGAUAGUUUACUUGAGACAAAACAAAAAAUGACAUUCUAGCUGUGCUUCAUAGUUGAAUAUUACAAAUAUCUGUGUCAGUUUCUUCUUCAGUCCUUAUGUAGCAUAGGAUCGUUUUAAUCAUUCUAGCAGUUCAGCUCAAGCAUUUGGGGCUCUGCUCUCGUGCUCCUCUUUCUCACAACCAUGUAAUCAUCUCACCUCCUCCGCACAUCUUCCCUGAAGAAUCUAGAAGUGGAUUCUGUUGAGUAGCUGUGGUAAACGUAUCUUCUGGCCACUUGACCAGAAUAGCUGCAAUGUCAUAAGUAUCUUUAUAUCUAUCAUCUCUCCAAGUAUUUCCGAAUAAAAAAAAUCAAGCUACUAGUUUCUAGUCUGGAAAUUAAAAAAAUCAAACUAAUGUUGAAUUGUUUUAUGCUAAGAGGUCAUAUCGUACUUAUACAAAGAAAAAAAGAAAAAUAUUGACUCUCAGUGUCACAUACUAGCUUUUAGACAGUAAUAACUUUUGAAGUAAAUUCUUUUUUUCAGAUUGGAAUUUUUUGGAAGUAAUCAAAAUUAAUAAUCUGAAAAUCCAAUCCAGCACCAAUAUCUUUCCUUUUAGCUUUCAUUUUAAAAUAAUGACUUAUGGUCUUAAAGCUUUCUGCUCCCUUUUGUACAGACCUUGCUUUUGUAACUUCAUUUUUGUUCAUUAAUGCAGCCCUUACUGGGUAAAUUGAUGGAUAGAAGAAGCUGGUAAGAGUGGAAUGUCCUAGUCAAGCAAUUGCAGUGUUGCAUGCAAAAUCUCAAACUGAACAGUCUUAUAUUUUAUAAA